UGUGAAGAAAAUAACGUUUUUUUUAACAUUACAGAAUGUAAACAUGUUCUAGUAGAAACACAAAAUACGAGUAUGAACCUGAAAAUGAGCAUGAUAUGGGACCUUUAAUUAAUCCGAUUACAAUAGCAGUUUAAAAUGGAUUGAUUCAUGAAUCCACCAUAAAAGUCUAUAAGAGACAAUGAAAGAAAAUACAUUAGUAGGAGUAACCUAACUUUGAAAGGUGUCAGUAAUGCAACAUCACGGAUGAAAGCUGCCUUUAAAAAAACAAAAGAUGAAGAAAUAUAUUAGUGGUGCUUUUAUUGUGGUGACAAAAGCCAACCGGAAGUUCCGAACCCUCCUACUAGUGGCUAGCAGCUAAAGCUAGAAAAGGUUAUCAUCAGAUUCAAACGCUUAUUUAACUUAACUCAGGAGUUAGGUAACAUUAAUAUGACACCUUGUUUGACUAUAAUGAACAUGAAAAUGAGAAAGAAGUAGAAACAUCGCCAGGUGGUUUAAUAAAGUUCUUCUGUGGAGCUUCUUCACCUGAGGGACAAAUCAAUGCUGAGGUUGUAUGUUUGAGAGAUGGGCUCUGAAAACCCAGAGGACUUUGGACCAGCUGUGAUCCUCGCUGAGGAAGCUCAGCAAGAAAUUGGAUGCCUGAUCAACUCUGAUGGAGAAGAAGUGGACUUCUCAGAUCUCGGAGAGAGUGCUAUCCCUGGCAUCGUACCUGCAGAGACUCCCUCCAAGACAUUUGAUCAAAGUGAAAAUGAAAAACCGCCGUCUCUUCACAGCUGCUCAGUGUGUGGUAAAGACUUCCCUUACGCCUCUAAACUUCAGCGCCACCUACGCACUCACUCAGGAGAGAGGCCUUUCCCUUGCUCCAUGUGUGAGAAAAGAUUUCCAGAAAAGGGGCUGCUCAUGAUCCAUGAAAGGGUCCAUACUGGGGAAAAGCCAUUCCCAUGCACUUUCUGCGAGAAAAGGUUUGCCAGUCAGGGUGAGCUCAGGCUGCACCGGCGGACGCACACCGGCGAGAGGCCGUAUCACUGCUCCAUCUGUCUGAAGAGCUUUUCCCGACACUGGCAUCUGAAAACUCACUUAGAGGCGAUGCACUCUGAGGUUGUUGCGGGCUUUACGAGGAAGAAGUUCCCGUGUUCGGACUGCGAUAAGAGCUGUAACUCAGCAGCCGAGCUGAGAGAUCAUCAGAGGACUCACACCGGAGAGAGGCCCUACCAGUGCUCUUUCUGUGACAAAAGGUUCGCCUUGUCGGGUACACUUGUGAGACACGAGCGUCUCCACACUGGCAUCACGCCUUACCACUGCUCCGACUGCGGUAAGACGUUUGCACAGCAGUGGACUCUGACGACACACAUGCGGACUCACACGGGAGAAAAACCCUACAGCUGCACACAGUGCGAUAAGUCUUUCGUAGCUCCGGGAGAGCUUCGGAGGCACACCAGGAUUCACACGGGAGAGAAGCCGUACACCUGCAAGGACUGUGGCAGGCACUUCUCACUGGCAGGAACUCUGAGAAACCACAAAAGGUCGUGUACACAGAACAAGAACGGAUCAGUUACAGAAGUCAUCUCAGAUCCAGUUCAAGCUGCAGUUGGUGAAUCAUCCCAGCGAGACCUGACCAACAACAUCAGCUCUGAGGUGUCCGACAGUCAGAGUUUGCCCAGUGCAGUUGGACUCCAAUCCUCAGAGGGUCUUGACUGUGACAAAGCAGCUCAGUGUGAAAACAACCUGCGAGAACCAGAAGACCGACCAGAGGACGUCGUUUCCAGUCCGCAUAUGAAUGUAAUAGUGAAAGAGGAGGAAGAAGAGGAACCUUUGUGUGUAGAAGAAGCUCCUGACCAGGUGUCUGGUAGCGAGGACUGCACCAUGCAGGAGGAAACUGAAAAGCAGCAUCAGGAAAGCAACACAGAAAUCAGGAUUACAGUAAAGGAGGAAGAAGAUGAAUGUAUUAAAAACUCUGGAGAGGAUCCUGACCACGUCUCUGACAGUGAUAAAGACAGUGAUAAAGACAGUUCUCCAGCAUCACCGGGGCAGGAACAGUGUAACGACAGUCUGACAAAGAGCUCGUACUGCUGCGGGCUCUGUGGAAGAGACUGUCACAAGAUGUCUGCUCUUCAGAUUCACAUGCGAAUUCACUCGGGAGAGAAACCUUACCAGUGCAAUCUGUGUGGGAAGCAGUUCACCCAGAAAGGUCAACUCAAAGGUCACCAGAAAGUCCACACGGGAGAGAAACCGUUCUCCUGCCCGGACUGCGGGAAGAGCUUCGCCCACUCUGGGGCGAUGAACAGACACCGGCUCACACACACAGGAGAGAGGCCCUACCACUGCUCCGUGUGCGACAGGAGCUUCAACCAGUCCGGCCGCUUGAGGGAACAUGAGAAAAUCCACUUUGGGGAGAAGUUUGACUGUCCCGAGUGUGAAAAGAGUUUUACGCGAGCUUCAAGCCUCAAGAACCAUUUCAGGCUUCAUACGGGGGAGAGGCCGUACGGCUGCGACGUCUGUGGGAGAGGCUUCAGCCGCUCACAGAGCCUGAGGCUCCACAAACGGAAACAUGAGGAGAUUCACACCGAGGACGAGUCUGCAUUCACUGUGAGGAACGAUGAUUUAUCACAGAGUGACGAUGACUCUCCAAUUAAUAUGUGUAUAGCAGACAAAAAUGACUGAUGAUGUAUUUAUAUAAACCAUAGAGAUAUGUACCAGUAGUAGUAUAACAAUACAAGAUGUUAGGCAGUAAAACAUGGACUGAAAGAGGGGAAAGUAAGGGACUACCUCUGUGAGUAGACCGUCAUAUAUGGUGCCUUCAAAUGAAACUCGUGAGCUCGUGUUUACAACAUGGGAAGUCGUGAAUAUACUAUAUAUGCUUGCCGUUCAAGUGGUUAAGUCGUGAGAACACCGCUGCUAAGCAACGGCAAUAUU